GCCCCUCUGCCGCUAGGUGUCACUGGAUCGGGAGGAAAGAAUGGCCGCUAUGUUUACGUGUUGUUUCGGCUGCUGCGGAGAGGGCGGCUCGGGGCACAUACCCCUCAAGGAGAUGCCCACUGUUCAGUUAGACACUCAUCACAUGGGUACAGACGUCGUCAUUGUAAAGAGCGGCCGGAGAAUAUGCGGGACUGGAGGCUGCCUUGCCAAUGCUCCUCUGCAUCAGAACAAAAGCUACUUUGAAUUUAAGAUCCAGUCCAGUGGUGUGUGGGGAAUUGGAGUGGCCACUCAGAAAGUCAAUCUUAACCAAGUGCCUUUGGGCAGAGACACAAACAGCCUAGUCCUGCGGCAUGAUGGCUCGGUGUACCACAACGACGAAGAGAAGAAUCGUUUGCCUGCAAACAGCCUUCCUCAGGAGGGCGACAUCGUGGGCAUCACGUACGACCACGUGGAGAUGAACCUGUAUCUUAAUGGAAAGAACAUGCAUUGUCCUGCCUCAGGGAUCCGUGGCACCGUCUACCCAGUUGUUUAUGUGGACGACAGCGCCAUCUUAGACUGCCAGUUUAGCGACUUCUAUCACACUCCUCCGCAAGGAUUUGAGAAGAUCCUCUUUGAACAACAGAUCUUCUAAAUGAGCGCCUCCUCUAAAUCCUACAGCACCAUCUGUGACACUACAGUUUGACUUUGGCUAUUAUUUUGAUGUGUAACUUGACUUCAUCUCAUGUCGUUUGUGUUGAUUACCUUGUCUUUUCCUGCUGCUUCGGAUUGUUCUUGUGUAUUAAAGAAGUGGGGAUGUCUGAUAUUACUCUGCUGUUGUGGGCUGCUGCAGUCUGUGCAGGCAGGAAUAAAAAUAAUUGCCUCGUUUCACCCUCAAUCAACCUAUGUAAACAGAACAACUUUCACUUGCUGCUUACUUCCACGAUGUGUAGUUACCGAACAAAUGUUGUAACAGUGAGAUGUUCCCGGUUUCAGGAUCAGAAGCCAUAUUUUAAAUUGCUUUAUUCCUAUCUUUUUCUGUUUUUAACCUUCCGAAGGAUCUACUGACGUCUCAAAAUGCAUCACAUAUUUAUUUAUAUUUAUUUUACUUUCAUAUCAAAGCGAUAUGUCUUUUUUUUUUUUUGCUGUAUCACAAAACAUGUAGUUUUAGCUGCAAAAGAAGAAGGAUUUGGUUGUUUUAAGUGUAGGGACAUCUUCAUGCCACAUUGUUUGAAUUUUUGUUGAGAGAGCAACGUUUUAAAAAGACUGACACUAGCAAAGCAGUUCAAAUUCCAGGUGACAUCCAGUGCCUGGUUGUUUGUUGGUGCUGGAAAUUGAUUUACGUAGACAAGUAUAUAGUUGGAUUACUUUGCAAAUCACUGUUCUUGAUAAUCCUUUUCUUUCUCAGUCUGUUUAUUCAAAGAGAUUAUUACGAGAGUGGCGCUGGUUGUUUCCGAUUAGAGAUGUAUCUACAAAUAUAUCAAGUAGUUUUGUGCUGGCAAAGCAUACCAGCUGCUGAUGUGACAGUAAAAUAUGUCAAAUGCUUGUCUUUGCACUAAUGACGCUGUACAAAUCCAAAUAUUGUUAAUUCAUUGAACUUGUGUUUUUGGAGGCGA